AGUGCCUGGCACCCAGCUGGCACUCUGUAAGUUUUCAUUGAAUGACCCAAUGUCUGUCAGUCCUCAGGUUCUGAAUCUUGUGCCUGGGCAACCAGACAAGACCCUGGAACAGGAGGAGAAGAAGCCUGUCUUAGAAGCUCCACCUCCUCCUAGGGAGAUGCAGGGUGAGAAGCCUGAGCAGACACGGGGGCUGUUGGAGCUGGAGAGGACCAAGACACUGCUGCCUCAGGAGAAUAGGGCCUGGGAGAAGCCAUCCCAUCCCACCUUCUCCAAGGACUGGGAGGCUGUGGAGGUUGGGGCCUCAAGCUGUGACAGUGAUGAGAGAGGUGAGGGGGCAGGGGUCCCGUGGGGGGUAUGUGGAUCUGGGGGAAAG